UGGCUUGUAUCUACGACUAAAAAGUUUGCUUCUUAAUUUUAUUGUGUCACUUCGCUUUUGACAGUUGACGUUAUGUUUUGUAUGGUUAAUGGUUGACAUAAAAAUAGUUUAGAUAAAUAUUUGGAAACAAAACCUUCCAAAAAUAGAAUAACUAAAAAUGAAACAUUAGUAUCGUGGUACUUAGUAGGCUGAGAGUUAGAUUCGCUAGUUAUUAUGUCUUAAAAUUGGGGUUAAUUUAAUAACAGUCGAUACUUCUUUGUCAUGAGCAUAGUUUCCUAUAAUAUCGAUCGAUUACGAAAGAGAAUUUGCCUCAAAUUUUAAUAUUGAAUUGGCUUCGGAAUUACAUACUACAUUGAAGUGAACCAUAUCAAGAAGUACCUUACCUUGCGUAUACAUUUGUUUUAUAUUAGUAGAAGGGCAGGCGUGAGUUGUACAAAGAUGUGUUUGAUCUUACGAUUCUGCUCAAGUCUGCAAUAAUAUUUACUGCUUAGAAUAAAGCUUUAAUUCGGUCAUAGCCUAAUCUUAGAAAAUGAAAUAAAUUAUAUGUGUGUAGCAGCAGUCAGUAUCGGAAUUCACGUCCAUGUAUUGUUGCUCGUUUCUCUCACGACUGGGCGUCGGGAUGGCGAGCAUGAGUUCGACGCUCGUCGAGACCGUCUCCAUCAACUAUGAAGACUUUAACGAGAGCUUCCUCACUUGCGGCACAUGUCUAUGCACUUAUGAUGGAGGCGAGCAUACUCCAAAGCUUUUGCCAUGUUCACACACAGUCUGCCUGCAUUGCCUUACUCGAAUAGCAGCAUCGCAAACCAGAGACGCCGGUAGUUUCCGAUGUCCUAUAUGCCGCGAGUUGAUAACAAUACCGCGCGGAGGUGUCCCGGCAUUACCGCCUUCGUUCCUCGUCAACCAAUUGUUAGAUUUGAUGGCGAGACAAAGAAGGGAAGUGAUACCCCAGUGUAGUUCUCAUCCGGGAAGAGAGUUGUUGUUUUGUGAGACCUGCGACUGCGUGUUCUGUCGGCACUGCGCCGACGGACCUCACAGUGACACACCCUGUGAUCAUACCGUAGUGCCAUUUUCGAUUGCCUUAAAGAGAAUGUCUGAGAUAUUGUUGUAUAGAGCCAAUGAGUGUCUUAGUAAACUGGGCUCCGCUAGGGAUGCGGUGGCCAGUGAGUUGAGAAGACUAGAAGCAGCGGCCACAGCUGCUGAGGAAGCCAUUGAUAGGCACUUCACAGAGCUCAAGGCUGCUUUAGACAAGCGGCACAGUGAGCUAAAGUCUGCUGCAGCCGCAGCAGCAACGCAUAAAAGAAAGCUGCUCGAAGAACAACUGAAGUUGAUUGAUGCUGAGAAAACUAAAGUGGAAGCAGAAUGUUCAGGUCUACAGCAGCAGGUGGAAGUGCGCGAGGUGAGCAGUCGCGCGGCGGCGCUGGGCGCGCGGCUAGGCGACGCGGCCGCGCUAGCCGAACCCAGAGAGAACGCAUUCCUAGCGGUUGACUUCGCGCACAAUGACGCCCAGCAACGGUUCCUCGAAGCCCUAGCCGAAUUGGGCCGGGUGCGGACCAGUACCACCUUCCCUGGCUUGUGUACAUUGCAAUUAGAGUCUGGGUGUGUGUGCGGUCUGGAAGUGGCGGUGGUGCUGCGCACGGUGGACUACCACGGCGAGCCGCGCAGCACAGGCGGGGACCCCGUCAGCGCAGCCGCCACACUUGACGACGCGCCUCUACCUUGCGCCGUCACAGACCUCGACACCGGAUUAUAUAGGAUCACGAUGCGUCCGUGGAGCGCGGGCGCGAUCAGCGUGCGCGUGCUGGUGUUCUCGCGUGCAGUGCGCGACUCUCCGCUGCGCGCGUGCGUGCUGCCCGCCGCCGCGCCGCUGCUGGUGUGGGGCGCGCGCGGCACCGGCAAGGACCAGCUCAACCAGCCCGUCGCCGUCGCCAGGUGUCCGAAACGUCGUGAAAUAUAUGUGCUAGACGCGGGCAACUCCAGAGUGAAGGUGUUGGAUGAUGAAACGUUUGCCUUCAAAACUCACAUCGUUAAUGAAGGUCUGUCGGGGCGCAGCUGCACGGGUAUCGCGGUGACGGCGGAGGGCGUGGUGGCCGUCAACUGGAGGACCAGGACACUCACUGAGGUGAGCGUGGACGGGUCGACGGUGCGCACGGUGAGGUCGGAGCGGCUGGUGGAGCCGGUGGCGGUGGCGGCGGACGUGUGCUCGCGCCGGCUCGCUGUCGCGGACAACGGAGCGCGCGCUGUCUUCAUAUUCGACGCGCACGGCAACAUCGAAACUGAGAUCGGCAGCGGAGAGCUGGGUCUGGUGGGCGGGCUGGCGCUGUCGGGUGACAUGGUCAUCAUAGCAGACGUUGCCGUACGCAUAUACGACCUGCAGGGCAAUCUGCGCAACACCAUCGCUCCUGUACCCAAAGGUAGAGGCGGGUACGGGGGCGUGGCGCUGGAGCGGAGCGAGGGCGGGGAGGGUGGCGAGGGUGAGGGCGAGUGUGUGAUAGUGUGCACCAGGGCGGUGCGGGGGCGGCCUGCGCUGGUGGCGCUGGAGGCGGGCGGGCGCGUGCUGGCCGCCUGCGAGCUGGCGGAGCGGCGGCCGCGCCGUGUGGCGGGCCUGGCGCUGCUGCCGCGCCGCCGCGCCCUGCUCGCUGACCUCGCCGGAGACUGUCUGCGUCUGCACUCGUACUGGUGAGGUGAUCAAAUAGAACGAUUGGAGGAGAAAAGAAUGUGCAGGGCGAAGGUGAAUUGUAAACGAAUUUCAUGCUAGUCCUAUAUUGUAACUGGGAAUCGAAGUUAGCCAUACGCGCGCCCGCAGCGACCGCAGCGCCCGCAGCGGACAUUACCAAAGCACCGGCCACGCCGGCAGUAUUUCUUUUACGAUAUUUGUAGUACUUACAGUAUUUAUUUACUUUUAAUUUGCUUAAUAUUACUUUAAUUUUUAUUUUUAAGUCAUCUAAAGUAAAAGAGCGCUUGGAAUUAAAACAAUAUUCUCUCUGCUGAUAAUUAAACACAACUUUGUUUCUGACGACUCCCUCUCCGAUAGUCAUGAGGAUUUAAAAUAUUUUAAAUAGAGUUUACUUGGUUACUUUUUGACAAUAUUCGCGACUGAUUUUUUUUUGGAUAUUUUGUUUGCAUUAUUUUGACAAUUUUUUUUACAACGAAAUUUAUUUUUAUCGAUGUUAGUGUAUUUUUUUGACACUUGAGAUUUUAUGUAGGAAUAUUGUUUUACUAACCACGUAGUAACAACUACUAGUCAAAUAUAUCUACAUAAAGGUCAGGUUGAAUAAAAAAACUAUUUUUUUUUAUUUAGCUAGUCUAUGGUAAUUGCAUUUAUAUAUUAUUUUUUUAUUACGUAAAGUGGAAGUUAAACUACGUAGUUUUUUGUGUGAAAAUGAAAAACGAUUUUCCGAAAUAGUUUUUCUUUUAAAUAAAUAAACUAUCAAUUUUAGUUUAGAAUCACUUUAGUUUUUAAACCACAGGGUAUAUUAUCCGGCAAAUAUUAUUUUUAUUUGGUAUGAUUAAAAAAAAUAUGAAGACCACAUAAAUACGAAAAACACUGGACAAUAUUUAAAUAUUUACAUUAAAAAGUAGAAUUUUCUUCUAGAAAACAUGUAGAAAUCACCAACAAUCAAUUAAGCUGUUACUACUUUUAUUCCCUUAGUAAAAUUUAUAACCUAAAAAAUAAAAAAAAUCUUUGAUGGCCAUAAAAUGCACAAUUGCACUUGUUUUUCAAUAACUCCUUUUAUCAGGUUACGAUAAAUAAGUUAAAAUCAGUUUUUUUUACCAGUAAUUUAAAUUAAUUCGCCUGUCACAUUAAUUCCCUUUUCUCUAAUGAAGUUAUAUGACAAAAAAAAUCCGAUUGUUUUUCCUUAAAAUAAAUAGCGCUUGCAUUCUGAAAAAUCCUACACAAUAAAGCAAAUCAAUUUAAAAAACAAAAUUAAAAGAAAAGAAAUUCCUUCUAAUUACAAAAUACUAUAAAAUUUCAUAACUUUUUUCAUAGAAGUAAAAUAUUUUCUUGAUUGAUUUCAUCGUUUUUCCUUAUUAAUAUCUCUUGCGCCAAAAUGAUGUACGUCAUUUGCUCAAUAUUCAAACAUCAUAUCAAAAUAUUGAAGCUUCCAUUUUGCUAGAAAUUAGACUUUAGCUAAAGCAAUCGAAUUUCCAGUAUUGAAGCAAUUUGGCACAUAGAUAGUUUCUCAAUCCUAUACAUUAAGUGUUGCCGUUUGUUGUAAAAUUUUGAAACACGUAGCAUAGAAAUUAGUGAAGCGAAUUUCGCUUUCAAAGAAUUUCAAAUAGUUGCAUUUAGAAUCAAUAGAAUACAAAUAAUUUGACAAUACACCGGAAUGAUUGAGAUGGUAUUGUUUAUGGAUAGAGAUAUGUCAAAUAAAACUCCGUUUCCACUGAGCGAUUAGCCGCGAUGUCAUUUUGAUUAGCAAUUGCGACCUCUAGUGAAAAUAGGCUACACUUCAUACAAAAAGCGUACUGUAGGCGACAAUUGCGCUAGCCACAAAGUGUGAAUUAUCUAUGUUAUGAGUAUUUUAUUACUUUUUAAAUUUUCGUUUUUUUAACCUCGCAGUAAAGCUCAAAUGUUUUGACAAAAUUUGAUAUGGUGCUAAAUAAAGUACUGGAUGAAAGCCCGGAAAUAAAACUGUAGAUUACAGUUAAAUAUUUUAAAUUAAAAUUCCUUUCUUCUAAUUAUCCCGCACCUUUUAAAGUCUUAAAAUAAUUAAAAAAAAUCACGUGUGUAUUUUGAACAAAUCUUUCACGGGUAUGUAUUUCUCUACAAAAUGUAUAAAUUACUAGACAACGUUUUUUGAUUUGCAU